AUGGCUCUCCGCCGCGCCAUCGGAUCCCUUGUCGUUCGCUCCCAGGCCUACUACCUCCGGCGCGCCGCCCCCUCGCCUCCGCCGUCCCUCAGCCGCCCGAUCAUCCCCUACCGGCCCUUCGCCGCUCCGCCUCAGCACGCCAAGAAGGUCACGAAGGACGAUGACGACGACGCCGGCCCAAGGAUCAACAACGACAUCACCGCUCCCUUCCUCAGGCUCGUCACCGAUGAAGGGCAUAGCGUUGUCCCCAGGCAUGAGACGCUUCAACUCGCUGCCAGGAUGGGCUUGGACUUGGUUGAGGUCCACAGAAAAACAGAUCCUCCUGUUUGCAAGAUCAUGGACUUUCACAAAGAGAAGUAUAACAAAGAUGUCAAGGAGAAAGAACGCUUAAAAACCAAGUCUGCUAUUGUCUUGCAUGGUGGAGAUAACAAAGAAGUGCGGUUUAAGGCGAAAACAGAAAUUAAAGACUUGAAGGUGAAAGCAGAUGCAAUUACCAGGCUAAUGGAGCGUGGUUACAGGGUGAAGUGCAUGGCAAUGCCCGCAGGUAAUGAAGCAGAAGAUUUAGGCGGACCGCUAUCUCAGUUGUUAGGACUUAUACAAGAUGUCUCUAUUGUGGAAAGUGGGCCACAUUUGGACUCCAAGCAUGCAUAUGUUAUUGUCAGGCAUGUGAAGUUUGCAACCAAGAAAGGCGGAAAGAAAGCUAGCAAGGCCAUGGAAGACGCGGGCAAAGGUACCCCCAGCAACACUGCCUGUGAAUCACCAGCCACUGCUACUAAUAGUGGGGACAAGACAAGUGAACAUGGUUUGGAAGUUGAGGAUGUUGACAAAACGCCAGCCUAUUACUCUCGUGAUUCUUUGGCGCAAAAAGAAAGGCAAGAUAGAGGCGUUGGAGGCAGCAACCGCGAUAACAUGGACAACGUGAGUGCUGGAGGAAACAGGAUUAACCCUAGUCAGGGGGGAUCACAAUCAUCCGAACAUGGACUUGGUUCUAGGAGUGGAAAUUCUCACAUGGAAAAGCGAGAGAAGACUAAUCAGGAUAUGGUACCUGAGCAAACCAACAGGUAUGCUAGCCGUAGACAGCAGAUGGGAGGCGUUAACCAAGGCAGACCCCCGCAGGACCCGAGAAGAAAUGAAAAUGAAGGUCGCCACCGGUUCAACGGCAAUCAAAGGCCUUUGGAACAGCCUAGCCCGCCAUCGGCAAGGUUCAGCCAAGGCAGACCCCCACAGGACCCGAGAAGAAACGAAAAUGAAGCCCGCCACCGGUUCAACGACAACCAGAGGCCUUUGGAACAGUCUAGCCCGCCAUCGCCAAGGUUGGGCCAAGGCCGACCCCCACAGGACCCGAGAAGAAACGAGAGAAGGAGCCAUGUCCCAUCAUCAAAUAAUAACCAGCCGCCACGAUUCCAACAAUCGAAUCAGAACAGUGGACCAUUAGCAGGCCGCGAUGCAGGGAGUCCGACUCCAACAGCCAGGAGUUUGGGCGUCUUCAGCAGCCGAACGCAAGCCACAACAUCCGAGCCGAAGAAGGCAGAUGGUGCGUCCGCUGCUGGUAAGCCUUCCGAUACCAGUCCGACCAAAAGCUUUGGAAUAUUUAGUACUCCCAGAAAGUGAACCAGCGAUUAAAAAAAAAAGGUCGUUUCCGUGGCAUCUAUUGAGAAUGUUUGUGAUUGCUGAUUCAACCCCGCCUUUUCUGCGUUUGUAUGUAUGAAGUUGGCGGUGCAGGA